GAUAGAGUGGGGUUCUCAUAAGCCUUCACAAUGACUUGUCUAUUUCGUUCUGUGGAAAUGGUCAAAGUGCGACUUUUUAUAGACCGCUCUGCAGCUAGAGCUACUUUGGAAGGAAUAGGAGAACACGGUCUAUUGCAACUGGAAGACCUAAACCAAAACAAAUCGGAAUUCCAAAGGUCUUUCUCGAGUGGUAUUCGACAAUGUCUAGAAAUGCAACGGAAACUAAGAGCAUUGGAAGUGGACGUACGGGAGUGUUUUCCCUCAAGGUCUUUCAACAACAACGAUUCAGUUUCAAGAGAAGAGUUGAACUCAAUCACACUGGAUGAGUUAGAUAGACACUUGUCAAACCUGGAGGAAACUGUACAGGAGAUGAAUAUGCACUGGAAGUCACUGAAUUCUCACCGACAGCAGUUAUUGGAACACCAUUAUGUGUUGGUAUUAGGUUCGCACCUUUUCAGGCCAGGAUAUUUGAGCCUCAUGAGCGAGGAAAGCAGUCAUGUAAAUGGAAAUGCAUCAAGCAUGAAUGUAAAGUUGAAACCAAACUAUACUCCAGUGGAUAUGGAGACAACUUUCCUUCGACUCAUUGCAGGAGUUAUUUCUUUGCCAGCACUCCCUUUGUUUCAAAGACUUGUAUUUCGUAUAGCUCGAGGCAAUUGUUUAUGUCGUUUUUCAGAAAUUGAAGAAGUGUUUUAUGAUGAGGAGAAGAAGGAGAAUGUUCGUAGCUCUGUAUUUGUUAUUUUCUGUCCAGGAAAGGAAUUGGGCCUCAAAAUACAAAAACUUUGUGAAGCGUUUGGUGCACACUUGUAUCACUUACCAGAUGAUGAGAUUACACGCCGUUCGUUAUUAGCACAAGUCUCGAAUCGUCUGCAAGAUAUAGAGACCGUUGUAGGAACAACGCAUUCCCAACGUCUUCAGACUUUGAGUGAAAUUGGAGCAAAGCUUGCUUUAUGGUCAGAGAAAGUUUUAAGAGAAAAGGCAAUAUUUCAUUGCAUGAAUAUGUUAAAUUAUGACACAAGUCGUAAUAUAUACAUAGCAGAAGGUUGGACUCCAAAAGAUGAACUUGAACAACUUGAGUCGCUGCUUCAUGAAGGUUGUAGACUUUCUCGAGCACAAGUCUCAUCUGUAUUGGAACAUCAUGUAUCAGAUAAUGUUCCUCCAACCUAUUUUAGAACCAACAAGUUUACUGUAGUAUUUCAGAAUAUCGUGGAAUCCUAUGGAGUUGCUUCUUAUCGAGAAUUGAAUCCUGCAUGUUUUACUAUCAUUACUUUUCCUUUUCUUUUUGCAGUCAUGUUUGGCGAUGUUGGACAUGGUUUAUUGAUGUGUUUGUUUGCCUUGUAUUUGAUUCUCUUCGAAAAGAAGCUCGGAAGGAAAACUUUAAAUGAAAUAUUGCAGUUUUGUUAUGAUGGUCGUUAUAUAAUAUUACUUAUGGGCAUUUUCUCGUUAUAUACCGGUUUGAUAUAUAACGAAUUUUUCGGAGUGGCUAUGAAUCUGUUUGGUUCUCGAUGGAAAUUUAAUUCCUCUUCCAACUUUGCUUGCGGGAUUGAUAAUUGUGUAGAUUCUUCGCAAUCUUUACCUCCUCGAAAUAUUUAUCCUAUAGGUUUCGAUCCAAUAUGGAGUCAAGCAUCGAAUGGUUUGACUUUUUUCAAUUCUUACAAGAUGAAGUUGAGCAUUGUUUUGGGAGUCUUCCAAAUGGUGAUGGGUAUAUUUUUGUCCUAUUUGAACGCACGAUAUUUUCAGAGAAGCUUGGACAUCUAUCAUGUUUUUUUACCUCAAAUGAUAUUUAUGAAUGCCAUUUUCGGGUACCUUGUGAUUAUUAUCUUUGUGAAAUGGUCUAUCAACUGGAACUCUACUUCUUGUCAGUCCAAUCCUUCCUGUAGUCCUCCUGACCUGAAACAAAUUCUCAUUGGCAUGUUUAUGAAUCCAGGUUAUCUGCCUUUGGAUAUGCAACUGUUCCGUGGACAAAAGAUUGUACAAAUUUUACUAUUGGUUUGUGCUAUAGUAUCCGUUCCAUGGAUGUUGCUUCCGAAACCUUUAAUUCUUCGUAAAAGAUACAAGAGACUAGAGAAUAGUCAACCAUUUGUGAGUAGAGAAUUUCGACAUUCCGAUCAUGAAAUGAAUGGAAAUUCCAACACUGGUCAUUCCUCCGAGUCUGAAGAAGAAGCAGCAGAAAGUAAGGUCAAAAGUUCAUCCUCUAUAGAAAAGGAAGAGUUUGACUUUGGAGAAAUUUUUGUUCAUCAAAUGAUUCACACCAUUGAGUUUGUAUUGGGAGCUGUGAGUAAUACAGCGAGUUAUUUACGACUGUGGGCAUUAAGUUUGGCACAUUCUGAACUCAGUGAAGUUUUCUUGGAAAAGGUAUUAUAUGGUGCGAUGGCUUUGAAUAAUUCUUUUGCUGUAUUUCUGGGUUUUCUGGUGUGGUUUGGACUUACUAUUGGUGUGUUGUGUUUGAUGGAGUCAUUGUCUGCAUUUCUACAUGCACUUCGACUUCACUGGGUGGAGUUUCAAAACAAGUUUUAUAAUCUGCAAGGUGAUGGUAGAAAGUUUGUUCCUUUUAGUUUUAAAAGUAUAAAAUGAUGAAUCAUAAAGAAAGGGAAAGCAUUUGGU